AUGGCGGAGGAGACGGGGGACAACGAGGCCGCCACAACCGCUGCACCGACUGCUGCACCGAGUUCCCGAGAGGAUGAUCAGGUCAAAAGGUUUCCAAAGGGCGUCGUCCUCGGAAAAGACGGCAAUCCAUGCCGAAGCUGCACGUCGUUUGCCGCAUGGGCCGCCAUGACCAAGGACAAGGCAAAGCAAACCGGCGGCACGUCAGCAGCCGCAGCUCGCAACGCUCCCGCGGUCGCCCCCGCGGUCGCCCCCCCCGACUGCCCCCCGGACGUGGACGUGCUCGGCCGCGCAAGCUGGACUCUGCUCCACUCCGUCGCGGCCAGCUACCCGGACGCCCCGUCCAGAGCGCAGCAGACCGACCUCGCGGGCUUUGUCAAGCUCUUCGCCAAGCUUUACCCGUGCGGGGCCUGCGCCGAGGAUUUCCAAACCUACCUCGGGAAACGGGUGCCGCGCGUCCAGAGCCGCGACGAGUUCGGCACGUGGUUGUGCGAGGCUCACAACGAGGUGAACAGAAAACUAGGCAAGCCCGACUUUGACUGCUCGCGGUGGCAGGAGCGCUGGCGGACGGGCUGGCGCGACGGGCGUUGCGAUUGA